AUGCAAGUGCCCAAGCCAGCUCCGGUUACUUCAGUUCCACCCGCCAGUAAGAAAGUCGCUCCUGCAGAAAAAGCGACACCUGUCCUUCAAACACCACCGACGCCCGUUACACCUGUUCUUCAAACUCCACCGACCCCUUCUCUUUCAGCAGGUACCGUUCCUCCGGGCUUGAAAGAUGGCGGGCCUCCUUCGGUGCCAAAUGAAACACAUCCAAGUGCACCGAAUGAAGCUGCUCCUGCUACAGCUCAACGAAAGAAUGCAGUAGCACUAGAGGGUAAACCUGCUCAAAGAGUAGAACAAAAAAAACGUGUAAAAGAAGAACUGAAGAGAAGAGAAAAAAUGAAAGAAGGCGACACAAUAAAAAGCGAUAACUUUACAUGGAAAGUUGUGAAACUUUUAGGAUCUGGAGGGUUUGGUGACGUAUACAAAGUUGCCAAAGUUGAUAAUGGUGAUAAAAAGGAAUACGCCCUGAAAACAGAAAUGUGUGCAGGCGAUAGACGUUUACUUAGACUCAAAGUGGAAGUUCAUGUAUUGAAACUCUGUCAGAACGUCGAGAAACCUGAACGCAAAAAACACUUCGUCGAAUUGGUAGAUCGUGGAAAAAACGAAAAAUUUAAGUUUCUUGUUAUGGGCUUGGUAGGGCAAUCGUUAGAAGACAUCCGAAGGAGCACCUUACGGCGAAACUACUCAAAAUCAACAGGAAUGCAGAUUGCUUAUCAAACACUUCACGCCGUUUAUGAUUUACACGAUCUUGGAUAUUUACAUAGAGACAUAAAGCCUCAAAAUUUUGCUAUUGGCUUGGAAACGCAGCGAAAUAUUAUAUACAUGCUGGAUUUUGGUAUUGCCCGAAAAUUCACGAUAGGAUUAACAAAGGAAUUGAAAGCUCCUCGUCUUUAUGUGAAGUUUAUCGGAACGAUACGUUUUGCGUCACGAGCUUGUCAUCACUAUAUUGAACAAGGCCGAAAAGAUGACCUAGAAUCGUGGUUGUAUAUGGCGUUUGACGUGUUGGACAAUAAUAACGGUCUACCGUGGAAACGUGUAACAGACAGACGUUUAGUGCUCAACUACAAACAAAAAUUCUUCUUAUUCAAAUGGCCGAAGUGCUACGAAAUCAUUCCGGAUGAAUACAAACGUCUCGUUCAAUACGUGAAUUGUCUGAAGUUUACCGAUGAACCCGACUAUAUAUACAUGAUUCAUUCCAUUCGAGCAAUUGCUAAAGAAAAUGGCAUCGAUAUGGAUGGCAAGUUGGACUGGGAGAUGAGUCCAGAUCAACAAAAGGCUGAUACGGACACGGAACUAUCAGAAGACAAUAGGAACACUGGAUCUGACGAUUCAGAAAGGGCUAAGAAUAGUCAUUACAUGUGCAUCGCUCGUUUGCAAUCCAACUUUGGGACAUUGUACUUGCAAUUAUUAAUGCUUAUCGAAUUUGCUGCAAUUACAAUGUUGCCUCGAGAUAUCAAGAAUAAAAUUCCCAAAAAAGGAGGACUUGUUGAUGCUCAUAUUCAUUUCUAUCUACUCCAAAAUCUGACGUGA